AAAUUGUAUUUAUCGAAGAAAAAAAAAAAAAAAAAAACUUAUGAGGUGGAGUAGUAAACUGCCGAAUGUGUUAAUUAAAAAUGUUAAUCAUUAGUAUUAUGAGUAUUAUGAGUUUAAAAAUGUUAAUCAUUAGUAUAUAUAUAACCCCCUUUCUCAACAUGUAUAGUGUAACAUUUUCCACUCCUAGUAUCAUUUAAUAAUCAAACAACUAUUUGUGUAUGCUCAAUUGCAGAAGUUAUGGAAACUAAAUCUCUGAUUGUGCCCUCUGUCCAGGAAAUAGUAAAAGAGCCAUUGACAAGAGUUCCAGAACGUUAUAUUCGUCCACAUCAUGACCGUCCAAUACUAUCUACAAUUACACCUUUACCCCAACUUCCUGUGAUUGAUCUUAGCAUAUUGAUGUCCGAAGAUCUCAAUCUAAAGGAACCUGAGCUUCAUAAAUUACACUCUGCCUGCAAAGAGUGGGGAUUUUUUCAGUUGAUUAAUCAUGGAGUGAGCACUUCAUUGGUGGAAAAUGUGAAGAUAGGUGCUAAGGAAUUUUAUAAUCUUCCAAUUGAAGAGAAACUGAAGUUUAGUCAGAAAGAGGGAGAUGUUGAAGGUUAUGGGCAGGCCUUUGUAAUGUCUGAGGAACAAAAAUUAGAUUGGGCAGAUAUGUUUUUUCUGGUUACUUUGCCACCAAACAAGAGGAAACCCCAUUUAUUCCCUAAACUCCCCUUACCAUUCAGAGAUCAUUUAGAGACCUAUUCUGAAGUGCUGAAAAACCUGGCCAUCCAAAUCAUUGACAUUAUGGCAAAUGCCCUUAAAGUUGACACCAAGGAAAUUAGAGAGUUAUUUGGUGAAGCAGCUCAAUCAACAAGGAUUAAUUAUUAUCCACCAUGUCCCCAACCAGAGCUUGUUAUAGGACUUAAUUCUCAUUCUGAUGGUGGUGGUCUCACCAUCCUUCUCCAAGGCAAUGAAGUAGAAGGUCUUCAAAUUAAAAAAAAUGGAUUUUGGAUUCCUGUCAAACCCCUCCCUAAUGCUUUCAUCAUCAACCUUGGAGACAUGUUGGAGAUAUUAACAAAUGGAAUUUAUCCAAGCAUUGAACACAGAGCAAUGGUGGACUUAAAUAAGGAAAGAAUUUCAAUAGCUACAUUUUACAGCCCUGGUUGGGAAGCAAUUUUACGUCCAGCAUCAACCCUUGUUACUCCAAAAACACCAGCACUAUUCAAAACAAUUAGUGUAAAAGAAUUCUAUAUGGGAUACCUUGGAGGAGAACUCAGUGGAAAAUCAUACCUUGAUAGCUUGAGGAUCCAAAAUGAAGAUCAGAAACACUCUUAAGUGCUAAAUGAUCAACGAUGGAAAUUUAACUGGAGAAUUAUAUAUAUAAGCAGCUCAUAAGCAUGCUUAUAUGUACAAAACACUAUGUAUGAGAUCAUAAAUACAUAUAAAAAAAUACUUUUGUAUUAAAUUGACAAUGUUAUGGACUUCAUUUAUUUUCUUAUAAUAAAAUUGAGUAUAUGCAUUUUCAUUCA